AUUAAUGGUGUCUGCAUUUAUUAAUUUGUACUUAAAUUUUAGGAAUUUUGACGUGGAUUGGGAAACUGAGGACAAAUUAGGACUGGAAACAGGGUUGGGUAUUUGUAAUAAUAAUAUUGAUUUGAUGAAUAUUUCCAUUGCUGGGUCAUUUGGAUAAAUAGCCUGUAAGGGAUGGUGACAAAUACAUUGAAGAAGAUUGUGGCCCCUUGUUUUAAGGCUUGUGUCCAUGAUGACGACGACGGAGAUAGUAGUCGAGGAGGCGAUGCAAAUGGUCGGGUUGAUGGGUUGUGGUGGUAUAAAGAUUCUGGAAACCAUGUUGCUGGAGAGUUUUCAAUGGCAUCGAUCCAAGCAAACAAUAUAUUGGAAGAUCAGAGCCAACUUGAAUCGGGUUCAAUGAGCUCACUUGAGUCAGGUCCCCAUGGGACAUUUGUUGGAGUUUAUGAUGGCCAUGGAGGUGCAGAAGCUUCCCGCUUUGUACAUGACCACCUUUUCAGCAAUAUCAAGACUAUUCAUGAUGCAGAGUUCACAUCAGAGAAUCAAGGAAUGUCGACCGAUGUUAUAAACAAAGCAUUUUUGGCAACGGAUGCGGAGUUCCUUUCCCUAGUAAAGAAGCAGUGGCUAAGCAUGCCACAGAUUGCUUCUGCUGGGUCAUGUUGUUUAGUGGGUAUUAUAUGUAGUGGACAGUUAUACAUUGCAAAUGCAGGAGAUUCUCGGGUGGUGUUAGGCAAACUGGAAAGGGCCACCAAAGACAUUAACGCUGUUCAAUUAUCAUCUGAGCACAAUGCAAACUUGGAAUCUGUGAGGGAGGAAUUGCGUUUGUUGCAUCCAGAUGAUCCACAGAUUGUAGUUCUAAAGCACACGGUUUGGCGUGUGAAGGGUCUUAUUCAGGUUUCAAGAUCCCUUGGUGAUGCCUAUUUGAAGAAAGCAGAGUUCAAUAGAGAGCCUCUUUUGCCAAAAUUUAGACUGCAUGAAUUCUUCACCAAACCGAUCCUAAAAGCUGAGCCAUCGAUACUAGUGAAGAAACUAUACCCCGAAGAUCAGUUUCUUAUAUUUGCAUCUGACGGCCUUUGGGAGCACCUUAGCAAUCAGGAGGCAGUUGACAUUGUCCACAACUGUCCACGUCAUGGCAUUGCCAGGAAACUUGUCAAAGCUGCACUUCAAGAAGCAGCAAAAAAAAGAGAAAUGAGAUACUCUGACCUGAAAAAGAUUGAACGAGGGGUGAGAAGACAUUUUCACGAUGAUAUCACGGUUAUAGUUUUGUUUUUGGACAGCCAUCUGAUUAGUCGAAGCUCCUGCCGCGGGCCCAUUCUUUCUAUUAAAGGAGGUGGAGGUAUAUCAGAUUCCAAAACUUAGUGCAUGGGGUUUUUAACAUCUGCUACUCAAGAUUCAUUUUCCCCAUCCUUAUUUAGAUUUUUUUCUAUUUAAAAAAAAAAAAAAGAUCAGAAAAUUAAGAGAAGAUUUUAUGUAUAGGAGACCUGUUUCCCAAUUUUCACCGGGAUCUUACCGUAGACGGUGUUGUUGAUGAUUAUGCCAAGAGACACAGUAGAAAAAAAGCCGUAUGGAAACUCUGUUGAUUGGCAUAUGAAACUUGAAAAACUGCGACCGGGAACAGUCAUGGAACCUUAGUUGCUAAGCUAAUAAAAAUGUUGCUGUUGAAGGUGAGACUUUGAGUAUCAAAUAAUCAAGAUUUUGUCCUGAAUUCGACUAACUUUAUAUGUGUAUUUGCAUCACAGCCAAUAUUAUUUUCACGUAGUGGAUGUCACCUGCAUUGCUUGUCUUUCCAUUUUUUUUUGUUUUUGGGUCAAAAUUCUAAUAUGCGUUGAUGCUUUAGUUCGAAAAUGCUUGCCUUCUGAGCUUCAUAGGCUACCUUUUUCCCAAGCCUGCAUUUUGGUUCUCUCUCUCAUUAUUGGCAGUUUGAUAAAUUAGUUUAAUUUAAUUUUUUGUUUUUUGUCUUGGCAAAGAACUCUUGGGAGACCCGAAUUGGACAUUUCACUUUUAAAGGAGAGGAGAUACUACUAAAGCAGGGACCUUGGUUAUAGAAUUUAUUUAUUUUUUCGGAGCAAAGAAGUCCGACAAUGUUCUUGGGGAGAUUCAAAUUCUAAGUGAAAGGAGAGGAAAUACCACUAAGACCAAAAGAGGCCUUGGUGGUGCCGAUGAAAAUUUUCUGUUCUUAUUUGUUGAUCAAAAUUUGAAUAAGCAACCCACCCUCAAAUACUAUUUUAAAGAAGUUUUAGUGCCUUAUUUUUUUCGGUCACUAGACCUUUUUAUAAAUAAAGGUAAAAGAAGACAUUUUUGCCUUCCAGUUAUCUAAAAACUAUGGUAAAAUAAAGAAAACUUAUUAUUGGACUGCCCAACUUUUCAGGUCAGUAAAAACCAUUAGACCAAAUGCCAAUAGCUGGGAUCCUCUGCUGCAAUUUCGUUUUCGAACACCUUUACAUCUACUUAUUUUAGCCAAAUGUAAACAAACUUAAAGAUGUUAAAAAGACAGAAAAAUUACAGCUGGUAUCCUCUGAAUUUAGUAGAGUAUGCUGUUAAAAAAAAAAAAGAAAAAAAAAAAGAA